AUGGCGCUGGACCACCGGCGCGUGCCGGGCCCGGAGGAGUCGCAGGCCCCGCUGCUGUACGCGGUGCCCGGCGAGGCGGACGCGGAGGCCCCGGGCCGGGAGGCGGCGGCGCUGCGGCCGCUGCUGGCGCGGGCCGGGCUGCUGAGCCAGGCCGAGGGCUCGGCCUACGUGGAGCUGAGCGGUGGCACCAAGGUGCUGUGCGCCGUGCGCGGGCCGCGUGAGGCGGCCGAGGGCCGCGGCCGGCUGCUGUGCGAGUUCCGCCGCGCGCCCUUCUCCGCCCGCGGCGCGCGCCCGCGGCCCGGCCCCGCCGCCGCCGCCCGCGAGCGCGAGCUGGGCCUGGCGCUGCAGGAGGCGCUGGCGCCGGCCGUGCGCCUGGCGCGCUACCCGCGCGCGCGCCUGGAGCUCACGGCGCUCGUGCUGCAGGACAGCGGCUCGGCGCUGGCGGCCGCGCUCUCCGCCGCCGCCCUGGCGCUGGCCGACGCGGGCGUGGAGAUGUUCGACCUGGUGGUGGGCUGCGGCCUGUGCCGCGCGCCCGGGCCCGGCGGCGCCUGGCUGCUGCAGCCCAGCGAGGCCGAGGAGCGCGCGGCCGCCGCCCGCCUCACCGUGGCCCUCAUGCCCGGCCUCAACCAGGUGGCCGGGCUGCUGGGCAGCGGCCAGGGCGGCCCGCCCGAGAGCUGGGCCCAGGCCGUGCGCCUCGGCCUGGAGGGCUGCCAGCGCCUCUACCCGGUGCUGCGGCGCAGCCUGCUGCGCGCCGCCGAGCGCCGGGCGGCCGAGGGCCCGCGGGCCGUCGGGGCCAGCGCCUGA